CUAGACACGUUGAUUGGUCAGUUGCAUAGAAAUUGGAUCUCCCACGCUGUUUUCGUCAUUGGAUUGAACGUAUUUGAUUGGUUGCUGUGUUCUGUUACGAGACGGAUAGGACUUCGGUGAAGUCGUCGUCAGACAUCGUAAUCGUUCGCGCAGCUCGCAGUAACGCGGCGUGAGUGCGUGAGUAAACUUAAAGUAAGUAAGUAAGUAAGUUAUGUUGUAUAAUAGACGUGUGUCGUCGGUCGAGUUGCGCGUGAGAAAGAGAUAAAGAGUGAAAGAAAGAAAGACAGAGAGAGAGAGAGAGAGACAGACAGACAAGGACAUGUGUCGCGGUACGAAAAAAGGGCGCGCUUACGAAAUCUCAUGUAUUUCGUGUGAAUACUAAUGAAAUUAUAUUAUGAAGAUAUUCAACGUGAACAAUCAUUGGAUUUUUUUACAAACUUACCAAGAAGAAACAUUGAAUUCUAAUAACGUCAUGAUUUUCUUUGGUGCAACAAGAAGAUGGUAUCAAAAUUCGAUUCGAACAAGAUGAGAGUUUUGUAAAAAUUAAUAUAAAGAUGGAGAAUCAAGGAUUUGAAGGAGAACAAUAUCGUAAUAACGGAAACAAUGGUUCUCUCAUUAACACGGAUUCCGGAAUACAUCCUGAUGUUCACGUUUACGAGGACAUUGGUCCAAGUCGUGAAGAAUUUUGUCGAAUUUCUUCUUCCGGAUUCUCGGAAGAGGACUCAACUUAUUCUAGAAUAGAACAGAAUGCACGUUCAUUUCGUACUUCGAACUUUCUUAACGAUACGAUUGAAGGAAUUCAAUCGAAUUCAUCACAGUCGAUUUAUUUUCAACGAAAUUUAACGUUGCCAUUUCGUCGAGGACUUUCAUCGUCAAAUAAUCCUUCCACGAGUUAUUCCAUUUGGGAAAAGAGAUGGAAAAGUAGUAAAGAAAGGAAAGAACGUUCGUUUGAUCAUACAAAUUGUUCUGAUAAUUCAGAUAAUACAAAUUGUGCUUUAUCAAGGCUACAAGAAGAGGAUUAUAUCAGACCAAGUGAAAAACGUAGAAGAAAGGAUUGCAAACAUUGUAAAAAUAAUGAAAACUUUGUUAAUUCUGAAAAUCAUGAAAUGAUAAAUGAUCAUUUAAGUAGAGAAUUAUCUAAUUCGUGUUUACAAACGGAAACAAUUCUUUCAAAACGUAAUGACAAGUUUCUUCCGCUUUGUCAUACGUUGAGCAAGACUACAGAAGAAUCCGAAGAGUCUGUAGGACAAAAUUCUUCUUCCAUUACGAUAUUUUCAAUCUCCGAGAAGGUUCAACAGCAACAGCAACAUCAUCAUCGUCAUCAUCAUGAACAACAGCAGCAGGAACACUUACCAUCAAGAACACUCGAGUACCUGCAGUACGAUAGAAACGACGUUGAGACUAAACUCGCCCACGUGGUUGAGACCAACGAAGACAAGGCACUCAUUAUAUCGAAAAGUAGUCAACCAAGUAUGAGAAUAAAUUCGAUUUACACCCAAGAUCAUUGGUAUGCCAAGGAAGCUCCUGUAUUUUACACCGAUCUCAAAGAACCAACUGCUUUUCAGAGGGCUUAUUCCCUCCCAGUACGAAUGCAAACUCCUACAUCACAAAAUCGAGUCAACUUACGAAGAAGUGUACGUGGUGAACCACCACCAGAUCCAGCAAGACUUCACAAAAGUCAUCGUGGAUGGACGUUACAUCUUGCAAGACCAUUAGAAGGAUCUGGUUGUAACAGAUCUUUGAUAUUCUUAUUGGUUUUAAUAUUGAUACUACUUGGUGUUGGUGCUGCUGCACUUUAUAUCGUUUUCGAACCGCAAAAAUUGCAGAUUAUUCAAUUGUAUUUGAAAUCAUCGACGAACGGUGGAAAUUCAUCGUCGCAAAAUGUCACGUCCGAUGAAACGUUUAAUCAAUUUUUCUCUAACGAAUCGAAUGAAAUUGAUUCGUCGACUGUGAGAACAACUACGAGUACCGUUCCAAUGACCGAUGAUGUAUUUUUAAACGUAGAUUUAUCGUUAACCGAUGAUGAUGAUGAUGAUACUUCAUCCUCAGUGAUCACGAAAACGGAAACGGAAGCAACCAACGUUGAUCAUGCGAAUACUAAUUCCACGAGAUAUUGCGAUGACUGCUUAAGUGGAGAGGUCUGCGUUGGUUUGGUCGAUGAAGAAGUACCUAUUUGUAGAAUCGGUUUGGAUCCUGAUGAUCCAACAGGAUGUGCUGGUCUGUGUCUUAUCAACAAGCAAAGAUGUCAUCGUCUUGACGUCGAUGCUUUUAGAUGCGUUGAGAUAGAACAUUAUUGUUUGGACGACGAGUGGACAUGUUUGAAUACACUUUGUAUUCCCAUGGAAAAACGUUGCGACGGUCAUAUGAAUUGUUACGAUCAUUCGGACGAAUAUAAUUGUGUUUGCGAUUCGAUGACGCAUUUUCAAUGUGGCAAUGAUACUUCAUGCCUUCCAUUGGAAAGGAGGUGUGAUGGUAGAAUAGAUUGUUGGGAUGCUAGCGAUGAAAUUAAUUGCACAUUAGGUCAUAAUCUUGGUCGGUCUUGCCCAUUGGAAAGCGAAUUUACGUGCAGUAAUGGUCAAUGUAUAUUAAGGGCACGAUUUUGUGAUGGUUUGGUUGAUUGCACCGAUGGAUCGGACGAACCACAUGGAUGCGAGGGUCGAUGCAAUAAGCACGAAUUCACGUGCCAGUAAAUAAUACUUUGAAAUUUUUUCAUUUAUUAAAUAAUACAUCACAGUGUCUCUUGAUUUAUACAGUAAAAAAA